GGCAACUGGCACCCCGAUCCCUGCAGCGUGCCACCGCACCGGGACUGUGCCGCAGCUGAAAUGUUGCACGGGAGGCAGCGAUCUGGGAGCUCUGCAGUGGGGCGGUGGUGCCGGUGACACUGCGGCCUUGGCUGCCGAUGCUCCAGCUCUGCAAGGUCACCACCUCGCUGCUCAUCAGCAACGCCAGGGCAGCCUGCGACGAGGAGCUGCUUGCGCGUGAGGGCGUCACCUUCUGCGUUAAUGUCACCAGGCAGCAGCCGUUCCCCAGCCUCCAAGAGGUGCAGGGCAUACGCAUACCAGUGUUCGACGAUCCGGCUGAAGACCUGUAUCGGUAUUUUGAACAGUGCAGCGAUGCUAUAGAAGAGGCUGUGAAGAGCGGUGGGAAGUGCUUAGUUUACUGUAAAAAUGGCCGCAGCCGAUCAGCUGCCAUUUGCACUGCUUAUCUGAUGAGACACCGAAAGCUCACACUCAAGGAUGCCUUUGAGGCUGUGAAGACUGCCAGACCAGUAGCAGAACCCAAUGCAGGAUUUUGGUCUCAGCUGCAGAGAUAUGAAGAAGAUUUGCAGAUACCAAAGCAGUCUAAUCUGCUGAGCAAAGGACUUCUUAAAAAUAGCAAUGUGUGAAGAUGUUUUUAAAAAGAGUUAAGUGGCUUGCUACAGAUUUAAAAAAAAAAAAAAAAUCACUGCAUAUAUCAUCUAUACAUAAAAUGCCUUGCUCCCCAAA